CUUCAGUUUCAUUCUAAAACACAGACAAAAUGAGAAUUGCCAAUGUUCUGCUCCUUGGGGGAGCAUCUUUAAUUGUUGCCGCCCCUGCCGGCGUUGUGAACGAAGGGAAACGCGAAGCCAGCAUUUCUUUCCUCGAGUCUACACAUUACAAGAAGUCUCCCGACGCCGAGGCAGAAGCGGCGCCUGCUAUCGAGUUCCUUGACUCCGUUCACUACAAGAGAACCCCGGAAGCCGAGGCUGCGGCCAAACCUGCAAUUAACUUUUUGGAGUCUGUCCAUUACAAGCGCUCUCCCAAGGCAGACGCCGAACCAUCAAUUUCUUUCCUUGAAUCAGUCCAUUACAAGAAAGAGGCAGAGCCUGCAGCUGAGCCUGCAGCUGAGCCUGCGAUCGAGUUUUUGGAUUCUGUCCAUUACUAGGCGUCAAAAGACCAGUGGCAUACCAAGCCCGUUUGAUGUAGAGUAGGUGAGUCGGAUCAUCUUUGCAAUCAAAUUACAUGAAAUGUAAGCUA